CGUAUAUUUACAAUUUCUGUUUAGUUCUCCAUGCAUGAGAUUGUAGUAACUACGCGUAACAACUCUGUUAUCUGUCAUGGACUAUGCAAUUUCAGACGUUAUUGAAUUGCCAUUCUACAUUGAUAAAGAUGAUCUGAUAAAUAGUGUGUGGAAGGUUAUAGCAAUUUUGAAACCCAAUUGGAGACAAGACAGUAUCAAACACAAAAUUUUCAGUGAUGGAAUAACAAAUUCUCUUGUGGGGGUUAUUCAUGAAGAUGACAAAGCUAAUAUGAUACUUGUACGUGUAUUUGGAGAAAACACUGAUAAGAUUGUUGAUCGUAAUGCUGAGUUGACAAAUAUGAAGAUUCUUCAUACCUUGGGUUUUGGCCCAGAACUGUAUGCAUCCUUCUGUAAUGGGUUAGCCUAUCAAUACCUACCUGGGGAAAUCCUGACCCCUGUAACAUGCUUGGACGAAAACAUAUAUCCUCUUGUUGCAGAAAAAAUGGCUAACUUUCAUCUUCAGUUUGAUUGUGUAAGAGAAAGAUUGCCGCCUGAAGCUAGAAAAUCAUUGGAGCAAUCAGUUCUGUGGAGCAAAUUAAAGAAUUUUAUCAUGCUCUGUCCUCCAAAAUAUAGUUCAGAUGUUCCUCCAAAAGAAAAACUCCUAGAAGAAUUAAAAUGGUUGAAGAGGAUGCUUAAGCAAUUAAAUGAUGAACUGGUGUUUUGCCACAAUGAUUUACUCCUUGCAAACAUACUUCAUGACAAGGACAAGAACUCCAUUCAGUUCAUUGAUUUUGAAUAUGCUGGUCCCAAUUAUCAGGCGUACGACAUUGCUAAUCAUUUCUGUGAAUUUUCGGGAGUCGAAGAUUACAACCCUUUGCGCUACCCUCACGAAGAAUUUCGAAAAAAAUGGGUAACUGUUUAUUUAAAGACCUUUCAAAAACAUCAAACUGUAGACGAUGAAACCGUAAAUCUACUACUUGGACGUGUCGAACGUUUCACCCUCGCAAGCCAUUUCUUCUGGGGCGUUUGGGCAUUGAUUCAGGCUGCACAUUCAUCAAUUGAUUUUGACUUCGUUGGGUACGCAUCUUUACGUUGGAAUCAAUAUUUUAAGAAGAAAGCUGCUAUUUUUACCGAUGCCGGAGCAAUAGAAUCAUAGUCUUCGGUGUAUAGUUUUAUAUUGUGUUUAUGUCAAACACCGUUUAAUGGGAUAGUUAACGAAUUUCUCCACGGGAAUCACAGUUUGUUGAGUCAGAGCCCUUAUUCAUUCCGCAUGCAUUUCUUUUAAUUGAAAAUAGGCAAUGGAGUGCGCCUAUUAAACAUCGAGAACCGCAAA